AUAUCCACUUCAUCCAACGCUCUUUGUGUUCUGCGUGUUCUUAAGUUUCGCGCUACGAGGAGUGAGUAAUCCUGCUUCAGAUGAUUCAGAUCGUGCUGCGAACUGAACAAAUCAUUUGAACUGAUUCAUUAGCCCAUUCAAAUGGUUUUUCCCAUUGUUCAAUUAAUGCUUUCAAAAGAAUCGACUCAAAAGAAUCGAUCACUCGGGAAUGCCCGUAAAAAGAGACGACAACCUUGAAAUAAACAACGUGUUUUAAAAAGCAUAUUUUAAAAUGAAGGAACGAAGGAACGUCACGCAAUGUAAGUUAUGUAACGAAGUAAAAGUACAUAUUUUCUAUUAGAAAUUUACUCAAGUAAGAGUAAAAGUACACACUUUUAAUUUUACUUAAAAAGUACAUAUUUUCCAAAAUGUUACUCAAGUAAAUGUAACGAAGUAAAUGUAGCGCGUUACUACCCACCUCUGAUCCUAGGCUCCAGCUUGAGGCUGAACAGACUCAGAGUCACAUGACUUCCCUUAACAGAAAGCAUUAGAUCAGCUGAGAGAGUGAGCAGGAAAAUGAAACCUAAGUGUGUAGCUCAUGCCCUCUUCAGUCAUUCACCAAAACACAACACACUACAUGCUUCCUGCGGUGCUCAUAUGGCUGCAAUGGACUCUGGUAUUUUUAAACCUUUCCUAAUUUUGUCGAUACAAACAGUUUCCAUUUUUUAUGCAAUGGAUGUUUAGUGCUUUAUGGGGAAGGGAGGAGGCUGCUAUAAAAGAGCACAGUUUCAUUUGUCAUUCAGUUUGGACAGUUUUCAUUGAGUGGAUUUAUAGACACAGGAUAUCAACGUGGAUGAUAGUCCUAAGAGGGCAAUUUGUAAGAAAGUUGUCAAGACUGUGAAAAAGCACCCUAGAGGAAUUGCCCUUGAUAAGUUAGCGAAGAUCUUUGCUGAGAGGUUCAAACAGGAGCUUUUGCCAGCUGAACUUGGGUUCCCAUCAUUGGAGGCUUUUGUGGCAUCUCUUGAGGAACUAGUGGUGGAAGAUGGCAUGAUCUUUCACAAGAAGAACAUAGUGCUGACAGGUGCGGACUAUGAAAAAACAUGCAAUGAUGUUGUGGAGUUGGUAAAAAGACACUCUGAUGGCGUUCCUGUUUCUAAAAUAGCAGUUGUUUUCAGACAGGCGUAUGACAGACCUUUAAAAAAGAAAGAAUUAGCGUUCUCAUCAAUAGCAGCUUUCAUUGACUCUCUCAGCAAACAGCUGUAUGUAUACAGUGGUCAGAUAUACUACGGGUGCGUCAAGCCUGAACCUUCAACACCCACAGCAGCCAUGAGUAUCAGUGGCGUUUUUAAGGAUGUGGUGGAGCUUGUUCAGGAGAAUCCAAAGGGCAUCCCUCUUAGAAAGCUCUCUAUGUUCUUUAGUCAAAAGUAUCGACGGAACCUGUCAGUAUCAGAACUUGGUUUCCGUUCAAUCCCAGCGUUUAUUGAUUCUUUGAGAGAUGAGCUCUUGGUAGACAAAGAGCGAGUCUACCAUAAGGAUCACAGAGCAGCUGCUGUCUCUACACCCGUGAACAAAGACCCGAAACCUUCGAGAACUGUCACAUUGACAAAACUGGACUCCGGCCACAAAGAUAACAGACAAGCAGGAGCAAAUUGCCUUGACGAACCACCACAGAAUAUCAAUGAAGGUGAAAAGAAGGUGCAACCAACAGCCAUCCGUGCUGGUGUAAAUGAGCAAGGAUCUCCAUUACUGCAAACCUGGACCGCCCCCCUCAUGACAACCUCUAAUAAUCUUUCCACCCUGGAAUUCCCAGCUCUUGGGUCCGAAGCAGAGGAGAAGUUGAAAGAGGGUAAGGGACCAGUUUUCUAUGAGUCCUUCUACAGCCAGCUGAGGGAGGAACAUAGUGCAAAUGUAAGGGCGGCAGACGCCCUGCAGGAAUAUAGUGCUGGAAGACGAAGACAGGACAUGAGCGCCGAUGAUGUGAACAGUUUGGCCGAGGAUGUCAUGAGAGCCCUUGCAGCCGAUGGAGAGCAUGUCACUAUCGACAGGGUGAUGAGCAGGGUGUGUUCACUUUUGCAAGUGUCCUCCUUGUUCGCUUUAAAGAUCGACCCUCGUCGUCAACUCCCCAUUUUGCAGGAACUUCAGCGCACCUUCAAGGAGAUCAACAUGUUCCUUGCGUCAGUGGAGGCGGUGUCCUCAGUGUGCACACUGUAUGAACUGGGUCAGGCCGUGGCCAAUCUGAAGAACAAAAAGCGAUUUGAAGAGCUUCACCUAGGUCCUCUCUGCAAGAUCCCUAUUAUUCACCGCAUGUUCAAAAUAGAUGGAAAUACUAAAGAUGACGAUAUUCAUCAGAUUGAAACUGUCGACAUUCUUAGGAGUCUGCGGAUUUUCAGGAGAAAAUGCAGGGCACAAAGAGUUGACCUUGCUGAAUUUCUCAAGCACCUUGCAGACCAGUACAGCUGUGAAUCGCCAUAUGAACUCGGCAUCAGGAUCCAGAGUCUUGGACUGCCCAUUUCGACCAUAAACAGAGCAUCUGCUACUGAGCACAGCUGCAUGGACAGAGCCAAAGAAGCUAUUCAGAAGGAGAUUCAGGAAGAGGUGGAAACCAGAUUGUUUAAGAUCAAGAAGAGUCUGCUGGAACCAGCUCAAGGACCAGUGCUGUUCUCACAGACAGGCUGCCUUGAGCUCAGAAAAAAAUAUGUUAAUAUGACCGCCUCUGAUGCUGUCUUUGAAGUCUUCAUCAACGCCGAAGGCAUCUUUAGUAAGAGUAUGACAAAGAGUGUUCAGACGUUCCUAACGUGUAUACAAAGAGACAGGUUAGCGAGAACCUUAUUUCAGCUUGCCAUAUGCUCAGGCUCCUUGGAAGCCCCACAGGACCUGGUAGCUAAAGAGAAACCUCGGAAAAAAGCCGAAGAGAAUAAAGCUACGGAAGAAAGAACCACGGCCCUCCCCACUGAAGCUGAAGUGAAGAGUUACUUUCAGGAGUAUGUGUCCAACUUCAAGAACACACCUACUCUGGCCUUCCUUCGUUCACUGGAGAAGAAGAUCGUCGAUCACUUCAAGUUCAAAGAUUUCAGUCAUCUACAGCAAGGAACUUUUUUGGAUUUCAUUGUCAAAAACAAAAAGGUUUUGCAGGAGACAGCAGGAGGCUCUCUUUCCAUUGACAACCAGGACCCUGGAACGUAUGGCUUCAGACCAUCCAGACAGGAUGUGUUUGAAUUCAUAAAGCAGUGCGAUGAGGGAGAUGAGGGAGAUUUGGCAUUCGUGGAGGCUGCUCUGAGGAACCAUUACCGGAUAAAGGACAGUCGGGAGCUUGGUCACGGGCCCCUAGGUUUUCUUGUGGAUUACACCCAGCGGCAAAAAGAACUCAGCGGAGAUGCCAUCACCAGUGUUGUGCGCUACGAGUGUCCUCUGCUCCCCAUCGAUUCUGGCGAGUGUGGGCCGGAUAUGGUUGGUCUGCUAGGAGAGGUGAGCCGUGAUAAAGCGCUGGCGUGUCUCCUAACAGCCCCUCUACUGCAGGACCUGGAGGAAUGGAGCCAGUGGGAGCUGGUGUUUCAACCCAAUCAUGGCUCUCUCAAAGAGUUCAUCGACAAGUACUGUGGUAAGACAGAACUGCUGGCUCUUGAGGUGUCUCCUGGUGUGUUACUGAGGGUCACUGCUGAUACGGGUGCUGCGCACUUCUCAAAGGCUGCUCUGGCUCUAAAUCCAGUUGGCACAGCUGGCCACUUGGUCUCCAUUGUGGUGGCUGAUGGGAUACCGAACACCCCCACAGCGCUCCUAGCCAAUCACAUGGAGAGUGCAUUGAAUGUAGCAGUUGCACAGGAAGAAAUAACACCAGGGGAAAAUGGCUACUCGUACCACGCUGUGGCCAGAUUUGUGCUGGAAUGCAUCGCUCAGAUGCCAACAAGAAUUUGCAAGGAACUUCUGCAGCAGGUGUUCUUGGAGCCGCUCUCUAAAGUGCUUGGUCAAGCUAAAUCUAAAACGCUCCUCCUGGACGCUGCUUAUUCAGAAACACGUUACCUGAACAAACUUCAUCAAAUGGGGCUGCUUCUGGGUAUAACUGAGUGGAGAACUGACUUCAACAACAAACUUGUUCUGCCAGCUGCUCCUGAAGUGCCCUUACUCAUGAAGUCUGUGGUGGAAGACUCCAUGAGUGACAUGUCAUCUGUAUUGAGUCUGAAUGAGAUGGACAAUGAAGAAGAAACUGUGCUCAGCACUUCUUCUAGCAGCCCUGGAGGAGCCCAUCAGCAAGACGAUGAGGGCGAUGAGGAUGAGCAGAUGUUUGAGCUGGUGUCUGAGCAUGGUGAAGUCACAGACAGCAGUGUGCAGAGGGAAGAGGAGAACCAAGACCUUCAGGAUGAAGAUCAGAUGACAUCUGCUCAACCAGAGGACAAUGAGCACAAAGCAAUCAUAGAAGACAUCAGGAAAACAGAGUUUGGCAUCGGUGUCGAGCUCAACGAGGAGGGUCAGAACUUAAUGAGAAAGCAACAGGCGAGACUGGGCCGAAGCCUGGAACGUCUCUCCACUGAGCUCUACAGCAAGGACACACACUUUGUCCUGGAGCUCAUACAGAACGCUGAUGAUAACAGUUAUCCUAAUGGUGGAGAGCAGCCAGCUCUCACCUUUGUGGUGGAGAGAGACUGCAUCACCAUUUUAAACAAUGAGUGUGGGUUCGAGGAGAAGAACAUUCGUGCCAUCUGUGAUGUCGGCAGGAGCACAAAGGGAAAACAUAAAUAUGGCUACAUUGGGCAAAAGGGCAUUGGCUUUAAAUCGGUUUUUAAAGUCACCAACUGUCCUGAGAUCCACUCCAAUGGCUUCCACAUUCAAUUCGACAAGACCAGCAGCCCCAUGGGAUACAUUCUGCCACACUGGGUUGACCUUGAAAGACCCGUGGGCUCUGUUGCCAAGGAGAUUUCUGAGAAAAGAUGGACCACAAAGAUCCACCUCCCUCUGCGAUCAGAGAGCUACCAGACAAAAAACCUUUUCCAUGAUGUGCAUCCCUCUCUUCUUCUUUUCCUCCAUCGUCUUCGUUCCAUCGCUAUUUUCAAUGAGACGGAGAAGCAUUCGAUGACGAUGACCCGCCGAGAUUUGAGCCAUAAUGUUCUGGAGGUGGCACACACGGGUGGCGUCGAGCGCUGGCUUGUGGUCAAGAAAAUGCUUUACCCUAAAAAGGUUAAAGAAGAUAUGGAGUCAACAGAACUAGCCUUGGCGUUCCAGCUCAGCGACUCGUCUUCGGGUGACGCGAUACCUCAAAAACAGCCCGUCUUUGCCUUUCUUCCACUUCGCAGCUUUGGUUUCCGUUUCAUCAUCCAAGGUGAUUUUGACAUCCCGUCCUCCAGAGAGGAUGUGGACAGGGACAGCUCCUGGAAUCAGUGGCUCCGCUCGGAGAUCCCACAGCUGUUUGUGCAUGCCAUGGACGUCUUCAAUCAACACCCAGAGUUCAGUGGGCUGGGAGGACUGUGUUACUUCUUGCAGUUUAUCCCUCAGCCAAGUGAGAUCCUGGACUUCUUUAAUCCAGUAGCCAAUCAGAUCAUUCAUCUACUUAAGGGCAAAGCGUGUCUCCCAGCAAAAGUGGACAACGGUAAGAGUUAAUCCUUAUGUUUAAGGGUGUGUUCAGGAAAGCGUUUUGUCCUAAGGAUAGCAGCUGGUGUUUUUAUUCACACCCAGCAACGGUUUUGUCCUCUGAAAAAAAACUGAGCUCGUCAAUGUCAUUUUUUACUCAGCCGUUUAAUUACAGUUCAGGAGGGUUGGGACAAAAACCACACCAACUAAUCAGCACAUCUUACUUGUAUGUACAGUAUGUCUAUGUACAAGAGCUAUAAACAAUGCUGGAGUUCAUAUUUCUGUCUUGGAGGAUUCAUUUCUGUACCAGAUGACAUCCACCGACCUCAACAAUAAUAAUAUUUGUUGAUUUAACAAACUUCAUGCUAAAUUAGGAACUACUAGCAACACAUUACUUAAUAUCAUAGCAACCAAAACAUCUCAGCUGAAAAAACUGUAAAGCUCUCGCAGCCGGCAUUUUCAAAUAAACGCCUGGUGUUUUCAGACGUGUUAAAAUGCUUUGGUGUACACACGGCCUAACCCUAAAUCAAAAUGUAUUCUAUUCAUUUUGUAAUAAUCAAACAUCUGUCAUUUGUAAAAAACUGUUUUUCAUAAUCUUGUGUUCAAUUUAAACAGUAGUGAGAUUUAUCUGCUGUUAAGAUUUUGGGUGCGUUUACACUUGGCAUUAACAUUCGACCUGUAUCUGGAUGUUGUCCACAUACACAUUGAAAAGACAAGUGUAAACGUGCUUCUGAUCGGACUGUUAUCCGAUCAGCGUGUCCUGAUCCAGAGGUAGUCGAGGACGCAUUGUGAUCGGAUCUCAGUGUAAUGUAAACGCAAUCCAGACAUCUUAUCUACAUUUACCGGCACAACUUCACAGAAAACCCCGCCCGCAGUCAUUAUUCUCUCGUCUGUCCGAAGCCUCUCAGACUGCGGAGCAGCUGACAAAUACAGAGGAAAGUUUACUCUUGCUCACGCACUCUUGCACAGUCGUUCGUUUUCCCACGAAAUUAUCAUUUCCCAUAAUCAUUAUCAUGGAUACUUUAACCUACAGAGGAGUUAUGUCAAAUCACACGAGAUGUUUUACUUGACCACUUCAGUUGUAUCAUCGCUGUAUUUGUGACUGCCAUGAAUGGCGUUGACUCGCACACACAGCGCCAGCUUAAAACGCAUCAUUUGUUUAUUUUCAUGUCACAGACACGAAUGCCAACACUAUACCAGCUUGUUUCUAACAUACGUGUGUGUAUUUACUGUAGCCUAUACGGCGUAAUCAACUCUCCGGUUCCCCCCGAGGGCUGCUGCCGCUUGUGUCUCGUACGGCUCUCACUAAAUCCUUGGUGUUUCGAGUCUGACGGCAUCACCCAAACGUGUUUUUUUCAUCUUUUUUCGAGUCUGACGUCAUCACCCA